AAUAGUGAUUCGAAGAGUCUAUUGAUGUAAUGUAGCUCACCGAUUUCUCACCACACUAAUGCCUUUGCGUCUAAUGAUUCCUUCAAUGACGAACAAAUCUCUUCUUCCUUUACUCUUCUUCUCUCACCCAUCACCUACUUUCCCUUCUUCUCGCUCCUUCUGAUCAAUCCAGAACCACACAAUUUAAGAGCUGAUGAUUGAUUUCGAAUCAUGGGUUCUUCUUCUCUGAACACCCCAUAUAAUAAUCCAUGGACGCCUGCAGAUGCUGUACUUCGAGACUGCUCUCAAGGAAUCUGCAGCUUUUAUUGCCCUCAAUGGUGCUCCGUCAUCUACCCACCUCCUCCUGUGCCUUCUCUCACAGCCAUCGGAGUAGCCGCCACCGCCGGUGACGAUGACGCUGACGACUCUUCUUCAUUCCGGCUCUCUCCCCUCAUAGUUGCUCUUAUCGGCAUCUUGGCAAGUGCUUUCGUCUUAAUCACUUACUACACCAUCAUCUCUCGUUUCUGUACGAGACGAACCCGGAUCCACCAAAACGACGCCAACCAAUGGAUGAACGACAAUGACGAGUCGGCGAUUCAAGCCUCGUCUUCUUCCUCCAACACCGGUGGCUUAGACGAAUCCCUGAUCAGAUCAAUCACAGUCCGGAAGUACAAGAAAGGAGAUGGAUUAGUCGAAGGUACGGAUUGCUCUGUGUGUCUCAGUGAAUUCCAAGAUUGCGAGAGCUUGAGAUUGUUACCUAAAUGCAACCACGCGUUUCAUCUUCCUUGUAUCGAUACAUGGUUGAGAUCGCAUUCGAGUUGUCCUCUAUGCAGAUCCAACAUCGUCAUAUCCAACACUUCUCCGUCGUCUUCUUCUGGUAAUUUGCCAAAUCAAAGAGAGAAUUCUCAGUUCCAGGAAGCUUCGCGAACACUAAGCGUGCACGUGUCUGCGUUGGAGCACCAGUACAGGAACGAUACGGUGAUAGUGAUUCAGGGUUCAGAAGAGGAAAUUCAAGUCGCUUUUUCAGGGAAUUUGGAGGAGAGAAAUCGGAGUGAAUCGAAUCAAGCAAGAUUGUUGUUGGUUGCCGAUAUACUGAGGAACUGUGAAGAUGAUGAUGAGGAAGUCGAGAUUGGAUCGUCAAAGGAAAAUGGGAGAGAAGAUAAGGGAAAAGUGAGAUCGGAAUGAAUUGAUUUUCCUGGAAAAUUUGUAUACGUGAGGGAUUCGAAGGUGCAGAGUUGUUCAUUCCAAAAUCAAUGGUUCAUUCGAGAAUGCAUGGUAAUCUCUCUUCGAUUCUGCAUCAAAAUUCAGUUCUUACAUAACAACACAGCACCAUCAUAAUUCUUAUCAUGGGCUAAUCUUGAGGAGUGUUGCUAUUGAAAACAUAUUUAACAGAAACAUUUUAUUGCCAGAAAUUCUCAUUUUCGUUCUCUGUUUUACCCCAAUAAAACGCUUGAAUUCUCUUUU